UACAAUUAAAGAUUUGCAUAGUUAUCUGUUGCAUAACAUAUAAGAAAUCAAUAAAGUUUAUUACUUCAGAGUGACAUCACUAAACAUAAAGAACGACCUACAUCAUGUCUUUGUAUCUCUUCAUUUAUCAAUUCAUUCAUAUUUUACAGCCGAUGAUGUCAAAGUACGUUGGCGAACCAUUCGAGACACGUAUGUAAAAAAAAGAAGAGAAAUUUCCUCCAAGAAAAAAUCAGGAUCGGCAGCACAAACAGCGGUUCGCUGGCCAUAUAUGGAAGUCCUGUCAUUUCUUGACCCCUUCAUAAAAGAGGCUAGUACAGACAGUAACAUGGAUUUCCUUGAACAAGUGGAGGAGGGGGUUUGUCCUUCCAAUAUGGAUGAUCAAGGCCAAGAGUCAAGAAAUGACGUAACAGACCAGAGCUCUGUCAUCCAGUCACCUAGUCCGAGUCCAAGAGAAACACCACCAAACUCAGUGUAUGUUGAGGAAAGUACAUUCAAGAACCCCACUGAGUCACGGAGGCCAAAGAAGACAAAGAAAUGCACAGAUUCUAUGACCGAAUUUGAGACGUCGUUUCUUGAAAUUGCAAAGGCUCAGGCGUCACGACUUAACACUUUAGAAUACGAGCAACCUAAGAGAGAUGCUGUCGACGCUUUUUAUGAAAGCUGUGCAUUGAGAACAAAACAGCUUCCUAAGAAUAAACAGUUAUGGCUGCAAAUGCAAGUAUCAAUGUUGUUGUAUACAUCUGAAACCAGCGACAGUUUACCACCAUUUAUGCCAUAUCCCUGUCAGACUCAUCAUUCCUACCCCCAUCAACAGGCUUAUAAUUUAAACCAGCUGCCAAUACCGGAAUACACUAACCAACAGGGGUCUGGGUUGAGUGGCAUUGCCUACAACAAAAACGACUUUUCUGCUGGUAAUGAGAAUAGUUCUCAAAUAACGCAUACCACAGGGCUUGAUAUCUUAAGUGAGGCAAUGCAGUCACUGCAGUAAUUCGAAAGAACUUUAAAUCAAAGAACUCUCACACUUAGAUGUGUUUUUGCAUUUUCGUAAUCAGUGUCUUAAUUCCAAUACAUGUCUUAAUUCCCAUGCAUUACAAACAUGUUAACUAAUUCAUGGUUUUACUGACUUUCUUCUGCACCGGGGUGUAAACACUACAAACUCUUUAUUUGCUUUGUACUUUUGUUUAUAUUUUGUUGAAAAUAUUUUUAAAUUAAUAACUUAACUGGUAGUUAGUUACCUUUUCUUGAUUAUAUUUAUGGAAGUACAACAAUAUAUGGAAAUCAAUGUCUAUUGAAAUUACUAUGAGAUUAUGGUUAUUGAUUUGCAAUUGAUUUUGUUUACAUAACAUUGGCUGACGAAUGUUCUUUGCAAAUAAAUCGUUUACUUUUUGUAUGUGUAUUUUUUGUUCAGAUUAUUCAAAUGUUUUACAUCUACAAAACUGCGAUUCAAGUCCAACAGAUUAAAGAUCAAUAUACUUUCCAGAUGAUCUUUACAUUAGAAAUUAGAAAAGUUCAGUUAUAUAUGUACACUAUGUACACUACAUGUAAUAGAAUAAUAUUGCGAUUAAUACAUUAUCAAUACGAUCACAUUAUUACCUCAAACAGAUUGCCAGACGUUGUUUGGCACAAAUUGGCUCCCUAGUUCUGCAUUGCCUCGCCAGGAACUCCUCCAUGUGAGAGAGUACAUAUCCAAACUGAUUCUUGUUAAGACGGAAGUACAUCUUGAAUUCUUCUUCUGAUAAUUCAAGCUCUUUGAUCAGAUGGUAGUAGACGCCAUGUUUAUUCCUUUGUUCAUAAAUUGGGCGCACCCACCACCUAUGCAUUCUUUUUACUUUUUUUCUUUGUCUCAAUGAAAUUAGACCAGCCUGGAUUGCGAUCCAGAAAUUUGAUUCCACAUGCUUUGAAAGCGACAUCGCCACCAUUCAGUUAUGAAAGAUAAAACCACGUGUAUAUACGGAGCCUCUAACGGAUCCAUUUACGUACAUAUGGAAUAAUGUUCACGUACAUGCCCGGAAGCGUAUCACGGACACGGAGAACGGACC